UGCCGUCUCUGUAGAUCACGCACCUUUCUGGCUUUCAGCAACCCCCCUUUUCACCUCUACUCUCCUCUCCUCUCCCCGAGACCGAGACACCGAGACUGAGUCCGUGUGUGUGUGUGUGUGUGUGUGUGUGUGAGUGAGAGAGAGCAGAGCAGAGCAGCGGCUUCACCGGAGGCCUUCUCCCGUCGGAGGUUGCUGAUUCUUUCUUGCUCAGAGAACAAAUCAACAAUGUGCAGUCAGGUGGCUUGGUUCUGAGAAGAAUUUGGGGGGAGGAAACACGGCUAAUGCCGAAUAUGUUCGGGUUCUCGAGGAGCCGGAUGAGGAUCGGAAGAUCGAAAGGGCACUCAACAGAUCCUUUGGACAGCUCUAAGAGUCCUUCAGGGCUUGUGAAGCACCUCAGCCUGCCUAAUCACCCACCUUUGUUUCAGGGGGAUGACCAAAUUACAACGUCAGUGAGUGGCCGUGUAGAUGAUCUCGCCUUCCGUUGCUCAUCUGACACAUAUGAUCUCGACGACCGCGCUUUGGUUAGCUCACGGAACUGGGCUGUCCUUUCUACAGAGGGCAGUAGACCAUCACCGCGUUUUGCGCAUGCAGCAGCCCUUGUAGGGAGCAAAAUGGUAGUGUUUGGUGGCGAUUCUGGUGAUCAAUUGUUGGAUGAUACAAAGAUAUUGAAUUUAGAGAAGCUUACAUGGGACUCUGUAGCUCCUAAGGUCCGUCCAUCGCCAAACAGACGUCCGUCAAAGUUGCCAGCCUGCAAAGGUCAUUGUCUGGUCCAAUGGGGGAACAGUGUUAUUCUUGUUGGCGGUAAAACUGAACCUGCAUCCGAUCGUUUAGCAGUGUGGACUUUCAAUAUGGAAACAGAGGUUUGGUCACUUAUGGAAGCCAAGGGUGAUAUCCCUGCAGCUCGGAGUGGCCACACGGUGACCAGAGCAGGUGCUACAUUGAUACUUUUUGGUGGUGAGGACACAAAAGGAAAGAAACGACACGACCUUCACAUGUUCGACCUGAAGUCAUCAACAUGGCUACCUUUGAACUAUAAAGGCUCUGGACCUUCUCCAAGAUCCAAUCAUGUAGCUGCACUAUAUGAAGAUAGGAUCCUUCUGAUUUUUGGAGGCCACUCAAAAUCCAAGACCCUGAAUGAUCUGUUUUCUUUGGAUUUUGAGACAAUGGUAUGGUCAAGAGUGAAAAUCCAUGGUCCUCAUCCAACACCUCGAGCCGGUUGCAGUGGAGUUCUAUGUGGAACUAAGUGGUACAUUGCUGGCGGUGGAAGCAAGAAAAAACGGCAUGCAGAAACCUGGGCUUUUGAUGUUGUAGAAUAUAAGUGGUCGGUAUGUGUAGUACCCCCUAGUUCCUCGAUUGCUACAAAGAAAGAUUUCAGUAUGGUUCCUUUGUACCACAGGGACAAAAUUGUUCUUGUUGCUUUUGGAGGAAACAGAAAGGAGCCAUCCGACAAGGUUGAAAUAUUGGUGGUACUGCAAAAUGAACAUUCUUUUAGCAGGCGGUCUGCACCAGAUGUAGAUCCUUUACUAUAUGAAUACUCUCCGAGCACCAAGGAGCUUGCCAGCCAUCUUAACAACUGUGCUCCUUUGUAUUCCAAUAGUUCUGUUGCAAGGCACAGUCUCGCUUCUACGGUAGAACACCCACCUAGAAGGGAAUUACUCUCUGAGCCAUUGUUACAGAAUCCAAAUUUGGGCGCUUCACUCCACAGGCAGUUCCAUCAAUCAGAAGCGUGCAGUUUAGCCCAAAAACUGCAGAAACCGAUCGACGAUGACAAGUACGAUGACACUGAUGAUUGUUCUUCAUGUCAAGCAAGCACUCCAAAAGAGUAUCGAAGCAAGAGAACUGGAACUGAUGCUCAGAUUAACAUGGCCAGAAUUUUAUCCAGCAAGGAAGAAAAUCUGGAGACCACGGGAUCAAGUGCAAGAAGGAUAGCAAGAUGCUCUUCAGACAUUAGUCAUCUAUACAAUACAAAAAUAGUAGACUUGAUCAAAAGAAGCUCUGCACUUGAAGACCAGCUUGCGACUGCCUUGGUGAGCAAAGAACAGGCGGAGAAGAAUUUAUCGUCGGUCAUCAACAGCAGGGAGCAGCUGGAAAGGAGGCUUGCCAAUAAGGAAAAAGAAGCUGAGAUGCUGAAGGAGAAGAUAGCAGGCUUAGAGUUGGCACAAGAGGAGUCAAACAACCUCUCGAACACCGUUCAUGCCGAUAAUGUGCGUCUGGAACGUGAAGUGGCAUUCUUGAAGGCCAUUACAGAUGAGACUCAAAAGGAACUCCAUUCGACCCGCCGAGUUUUAGCGGGAGAACAGUCGAGGGCAUUCCAGCUCCAGGUUGAAGUGUUCCAUCUCAAACAACGGUUGCAGAUGGAAGGAAGAGCGGGAACGCCAAAGAACCCUCCUGUUUAAUCCAUAGUAAGCAACAAAGAGCAAAGUGUGUUUAGUUCAUAUGUUUACAUCUCUGGAAUAAUAGUGGUUGUGUGUUUGUAACAUCGUCUUGUACAUCAAUUUGUUACAGGAGUGGAGUGUAUAUGUAAUAACAGGGUUCGGUUAACCAUUCUGUUACAUGAACUGAUACAGAUUUGUAAUUUGGCUGAGAUUUUGUGUGCAGUUGAUGAAUUUAGAACAGUUUGCUCA